AUGGGACAAAAAGUGACCACUCCUCUGAGCCUGACUCUGGACCACUGGAGUGAAGUUCAGGUUUGGGCACAUAAUCAGUCAGUAGAAGUUAAGAGAAAGAAAUGGGUUACUAUCUUCCUCAGAGUGGCCCGCGUUUAAUGUUGGAUGGCCGGGAGGGCACCUUUUAACACUGAUAUUAUUUCACAGGUAGAGGCCAAAGUCUUCAACCCUGGACCUCACGGACACCCCGACCAGGUCCCCUACAUCGUGACCUGGCGGGCUCUGGCCUCAGACCCACCUCAGUGGGUCCAGCCUUUUAUUCCCCCCCCUAAACUCCGUUCUCCUCUCACUACCCCAAGUGCCCCACCCUACCAAGCGCUAUCCCUUCCCCUCCUCACCCCUACCUCUUCUUCCCUUUACCCUGCCCUUACCCCACUUCAGGAUAGGGCUGUUCAAAAGCCUCCCAAGGCUACCCCCGUUUUGUCCCCUGACGCAGCGUCCCCCCUCAUCGACCUGUUGACAGAGGAGCCGCCACCAUAUCCUGAGGCGGCACCGGCAGGACAGGAGGAGCCCGACUCUCCAAUUUCCCCCAUUGCAGGGAGGCUUAGGGACUGUCAUGAGCUGCCGCUAAGUCAAACCUCCCAGGCCUUUCCCUUGAGAGAGGGCCCUAACGGCCGGCCACAAUACUGGCCCUUCACUGCUUCCGACCUUUACAACUGGAAGCAACAUAACCCUUCCUUUUCUAAGGAUCCCGUUGUCCUAACUAACCUAAUUGAGUCCAUUUUAGUCACUCACCAGCCCACCUGGGAUGACUGUCAGCAGCUUUUGCAGACCCUGUUGACCUCGGAAGAGAAGCAGAGAGUCCUCCUGGAAGCCCGGAAGAAUGUAUCGGGGGAAGAUGGGCGACCAACCCAAUUGCCCAAUGAGAUAGAGGAGGCUUUUCCCUUGACUCGACCCCACUGGGAUUUCAACACACCAGGAGGUAGGGAGCACCUACGUCUCUACCGCCAGUUGCUUAUAGCGGGUCUCCGCGGGGCUUCAAAACGCCCCACUAAUUUGGCACAGGUCAAGCAAGUGAUACAGGGAAAAGAGGAGACGCCUUCUGCCUUUUUAGAAAGACUUAAGGAGGCUUAUAGAAUGUACACUCCUUACGACCCCGAUGAUGAGGGACAGGCUACCAGCGUAUCCAUGUCCUUCAUUUGGCAAUCGAGCCCAGACAUCAGGAGUAAAUUACAGAGGUUAGAAGGGCUGCAGGGGUAUACCCUCUCAGAUUUAAUAAGAGGGAAACUCCAGAAGAAAGAGAGGAGGGAGCAGGAUGAGAGAGACAGGAAACGGAAUCGGGAAUUAACUAGGGUGUUGGCCACCGUUGUCACUCAGGGGCAGAGCAGAGAGGGAGUUAGACUGGGAGAGCGAGAGCGUGGAAGAACCAGACCGGCUUUCGUCUCCCAGGUAAGUCAGAAGGUGGCCAAGUUAUUGGGGAUUGAUUGGAAAUUGCACUGUGCAUACAGACCCCAAAGUUCAGGGCAAGUAGAACGUAUGAAUAGAACAAUCAAGGAGACUUUAACUAAAUUAACGCUUGUAACUGGCUCUAGAGACUGGGUCCUCCUCCUGCCCCUGACCCUAUAUCGGGCCAGGAAUACCCCCGGGCCCCUAGGCUUAACUCCCUUUGAAAUACUUUAUGGGGCGCCACCCCCUGUUGUAAACUUUCUUGAUUCUGAUAUCUCCUCUUUUGCUGACCUUGCUACCCUACUAGCCCACCUCCAGGCGCUCCAGAUUGUCCAGAAAGAAGUGUGGAAGCCACUGGCAGCGGCUUACCAGGAGCAGUUGAGACAACCUACUGUGCCACAUCCGUUCCAGGUUGGCGACUCCGUCUGGGUUCGUAGGCACCAAGUCAAGAGCCUCGAGCCCCGGUGGAAGGGACCCUACACCGUCCUCCUGACCACCCCGACAGCGCUCAAGGUUGACGGUAUUGCUGCUUGGAUCCACGCCUCCCACGUGAAACCAGCCUCUUCAGUACUGUUAGGGGCCGGGGAGGGUUCCCCCCACCAGAUAAGGCAACUUAAGUGGCAGGUGUUAUCCCAAACCGGGGAAGUUGUCUGGGAAGUGGGCGGAACCCAUGCCGUUGGCACUUGGUGGCCCGUCCUCACCCCAGACUUCUGCCAGCUAGCAGCAGGAUUGGACACCUGGGACAUACCGGGGGUUGAUCUAGCCCGGCUGAACACCAGCCUUCAUGGCACCCGGCCGCAACAGAUGACCGCCCCCGGAUGCAGUAGCCCCACUGCUAGGUGCCGCCUAGGGCAGCAAGACUUUUAUGUUUGCCCUAAAGAUGGUAGGAACCGAGGCCUGGCAGAGCAAUGCGGGGGCUACAACGAGUACUUCUGUGCCGCAUGGGGCUGUGAGACCACCGGAGAUGCUUACUGGGAACCCUCCUCCUCCUGGGACUUAAUUGUUGUUAAAAGGAGCUACAAGUGGCCUGAUGCCGAAGCUAACGCCUGCUAUCGACCUCCGGGAAAUACCCCCUUUACUCCCGGGUUAUCCCUACCACUUAAGAUUUCCUUUACUGACCAUGGGAAAAAGAAAACUCCUGAUCAAUGGAUCUCGGGCCUAACCUGGGGGCUCCGCUGGUAUUCACCGGGGAAAGAUAGAGGGGUCAUUUUCAAGCUACAAUUGCAGAUAAGCGAUCUUCCCCCUCUCCCAGUCGGCCCUAACCCGGUGCUCUCCAACCAGAGGGACCCUAGCCCCACCCAGCCGAGGCCCCCGAGGGACCCUAGCCCCACCCAGCCGAGGCCCCCCAUACCGGUAACAGGCACCAGGGCCCCUAUACUCUCUACGGCGGCCGCCUUGCCUCUGCCCUCCCCUUCGCCAAUUCCGCUCGGAAGAACGGGGGAUAGGCUCAUGAACCUGGUGAAGGGGGCAUAUCAGGCCCUCAAUUUCUCCAGCCCCGAGAGGGCGGAAAGCUGCUGGUUGUGUCUGAACCCUAGCCCCCCUUAUUAUGAGGGCCUUGCCCUCUCUACCAACUUCUCUAACUCCACCACUCCUAGUGCUGCCUGCCUCACCCAGGGUCACGAUUUAACUCUUUCACAGGUCUCAGGAUCGGGGCUUUGCAUAGGUAACCCCCCUCAGCACAUCCGGGACGCCCUCUGCAACUCGACCAUGCAAGUGGGGACUGGUUCCUUUUAUCUAAUCCCACCUAAUGGGACCUUCUGGGCAUGUAACACCGGCCUGGCCCCAUGCGUGUCUGCAACAGUACUGAAUGCAAAGGCUGACUACUGUGUGCUAGUACAGCUGUGGCCCCGAAUAACCUACCACUCAGAUAAGCUGGUCCUAAGCUAUCAUGAAAGAAGUGGCCUCCACCGGGUCGCCCGGGGACCUGUCUCCCUAAUCACUCUGGCCAUGCUGCUGGGGGUGGGGGGCAUUGCAGCUGGGGCAGGUACUGGAGCAACGGCUCUCGUUAGAACAGACCAGUUUCUACUCCUGCAUAAUGCCAUGAACGAGGACCUCAGGGCAUUAGAGCAAUCAGUGAGAGCCUUGAAAGAGUCCUUGACCUCGUUGUCGGAGGUAGUGCUGCAAAACAGGAGGGGGCUAGACUUGUUGUUUUUGAAGGAAGGUGGGCUAUGCGCAGCUCUGAGGGAGGAAUGCUGCUUCUACGCCGAUCGGACGGGGGUGGUCACUGAAACAUUGGACAGACUUAAGGAGAGGCUAGAUAAACGUAAGAGGGACCUUGAAUCGCAGCAGUCGUGGUAUGAGGGUGUCUGGAAGCGAUCCCCGUGGUUCACCACUCUUGUCUCAUCCUUGGCCGGACCCCUUAUACUUCUUUUCCUGAUCUUAACCUUUGGACCCUGCAUCAUUAAUAGGCUGACCCAAUUCGUGAAAGAUAGGAUUUCUGUGGUUCAGGCUCUAGUGCUAGCACAACAAUAUCACGCCUUAAAGCAGCAAGAGGAAUAACCUACAAAGUAAA